UCCGGAAAUAGCUAUGUUAGCUUGUCUGGCUAGGUCCUUAUAUAUAAAAAAAACGUCUCAAAAGUUGCCGUAAAGACGGUUUAAAUAAUGUCUCAGACUCCCUCCUUGACGGUUUCAGUUAAGAUAUCAGUUCCACACCUUCGUUUAAAGCCAUUGUGGUUAUUUUUAGCGGAAGUAUCCAGUACAGAGUGUUUAUUAGCAAAGAGGCUAAACUGGUAGCCUCCAUGGAGCUAACAGCAUCGUCUGUUGACACUAUUUCUAAACUAAGGAAACCAGAGACCUAUGAUUAAGGAUAUGUCUAAAACCUUGACCUGCUACAACAUGUGAAGGUUAUAAAUAAGGAGCGAAUAUGUCUGAGAUGUUGAAGGUUGAGGCAGAAGACCCUGGAGAGCUCAGUUUGGAGGCACCCAUGUCUGCAACAUCCACAGAACCAGAGGAUGAACCAGACAGCAAAGAUCUUAUUCAUCAGGUGUUUGUGAUCAAAGAAGAGGCUUCCCACGACUGGAACCCCAGCUUUGACCAGCAGGACCCAGAACCCCCCUGCAUAAAGGAUGAAAGGCCGAAACUAUGGAUUCAUAAGGGCAAAGAGGAGCUUACUGUGAAGACCGAAGAUGAAGAAAAACCUCAGUUGUUGGAACUUAAUGAAAUCAAAACUGAUGAUGAAAGGAAUACAGACCCUGUAGGAGAAGACUGGAAAGGACCAAAGUUAGGCAGAGAAGUGGAACUAAUGGGUUCUUCACAACAGAGUACAGUGAUGGUAAACAAAAGAGCUAAACGAUCAAAACUGUGUCUCAAACGUGCCUCACAAAUAAGUGUCCACACAGGAGAGAAACCAUUUGGCUGCAAUAUUUGUGGCAAAAGAUUUAGACAUAAGACUUAUAUAAAACUACACAUGAUGAUUCAUACUGGACUAAGAGAACAUAGCUGUGGUUUUUGUGGUAAAGGCUUUAAAGAAAAACGUUGUCUGCAGACACAUAUAAGACUCCACACCGGAGAGAAACCAUUCGCCUGUGAUGAUUGUGGUAGAAGGUUUCAUGCAAAGACAAGUCUUAGAAGUCACCUUGAGGUCCAUUCGGGAGAAAACCCAUUUUCUUGUGAGGUUUGUGGAACGAGAUUUAAAAGGAAUGGAAAUCUUAAAAAGCACAUGAGAAUCCACACUGCAGACAGGCCUUUUGUUUGCAGUGUUUGCAGUAAAGGAUUUUCACAGCAAAUUCAUCUUAAGAGCCACAUGAGUGUUCACACGGGAGAGAAACCAUUCACCUGUAGGGUCUGCCGUAAAGAAUUUUCACGCCAGGGUAAUCUAAAGAGGCACAUGUGUGUUCACACUGGAGAGAAACAGUUUGUUUGUGGUGUUUGCAGUAAAGGGUUUUCAAAACAAAAUUAUCUCAACAAUCACAUGGAGGUUCACACUGCACCAUUCAGCUGUGGUGAAUGCGGUAAAUGUUUCGUCCGGGAAAUAAAGUUAAAGCAGCAUAUGAGACUCCACACAGAGGAGCGGCCAUUCGGCUGUGAUGUCUGUAAAAUCAGGUUUAACAAAAAAUAUAAUCUUAAAAGUCACAUGAGACUCCAUUUAGGAGAGAAACCUUAUGUCUGUAGAGUUUGCAAUAAAGCAUUUUCACGACAUGGAGAUCUCAAGAAACAUGUGUGUUCAUAGUGUUAUUGCUAAAGAGUGAUUGUCAAGCAUCUGAGUGUUUAGCAGUAGAAUGGUAAAUGGCCUGUACUUAUAUAGCACUUUUUCAAGUCAGGACACUUGACACUUAUACUAUAUUCAGUCAUUCACCCUACAUUCUGUCGUUCACCCAUUCACACACCCCGAUUGGUGGCAAGCAUUUACAUUUGGGCCACAGCUGCCCUGGCCUUCUCACUGAAAGAAGCGAGACUGCCAGACACUGGCACCACUGGGCCCUCUGAUGACCAUCAGUAGGCAAUGCAGGUGAAGUGUCUUGCCCAAGGACAUGCAAAGCCGGCGCUCGAACCGACAACCCUCUGAUUGCAGGGCAAACUCCUGCCCCAAUGGAGGGCCGAUCCUUUAUUUCGGUGGGCUAAGCGUAAUUUCUAACUGUAUGUCUUUUGCUCUCUAUUGAUAAUUCUUUACAAGUAUUGCUUAAGAAUCUACAUUGUCUUACAAAUUCCUGCAUUGAACUAAGAUAAAGUAUGAAACUUUGAAUUAAAAAAAAGAAUAUUACUAUAUAUAACUGGAUGUGAAAUAAGAUGUAUUCUUUUCAAACAGAUGGUACAAAUUUUUUUCUGUUUUAAAGAUCCCAUAUUAUGCGACAUUUAGAAAUAAACAGUAUUGGCACUAAGGGCCCCAGAAAUAAAGCAUGUUUUUUUUGUUGUGCAGGAAUAUUCCUCUCGGAGGAGGAAUAUUCACCAAACAUUUCCUCAUUUAGGCCCCAUCUGGAUGAGCUGCUUUGGCUUUCCACGCCGUGUCCUCCCGAAGGCCGGGUCCCCACAAUCCGCAACCAUGACAACUAGUCAGAGCUCUUAAAGUUAGAGGCUAGGAGUGUACAAUGACACAUUAAUGAAGUCUGUACCUUGACCAAUGGACUGCUAUAGACCACUUAUGACAGCUAUUUUACCCUGAUGACAUCAUAAAGGGAACGCCGCAUUAGCUAAGGAAUAGAGAAAGGCAAUGAUGCAGGUUAAAGGGAUUUUUUUCAUUUGUAAAUCUCAUACACAGGCUUCAUGACACAUGCUACAAAAAUUUAUAAUGUGAAUUUUGCAUAAUAUGGAACAUUUAAUUUCGGUUAUGUUUGUCACCACGUUGAUUAUACUUGCUUUUUUUUAAAUUGGCAAUAUAUUAAGGUUAACUUUUUUAUUUUUACCUUUUAUGUUUGCAUAUGCAGCCUACAUUUGCAUAUUUAUGUAUUUUAUUAUGUUUUCUUAAACCUAUCAAGCUUGGAUGGUUUCAGUGUAAAAAAAAUAGUUAUUUUUAACAGUUUAAAUUUGUUAUUUGAGCUUUUGGGGUCCAGACGUUUAAUAAAGCAGAUUAAAG